AUGCCAAAUUCUUGUGACGUAGGAAUUGGCCGUUCCCGCGAGAUAGACAAGUCUAUGGACAUCAACAAUCUUAUCGUCAGAAUAUCGCAACUGGCAGAUAGCUUGGGCAAUGACUAUACGCUCACUCCGCACCAGGAAAAGCAUCUUCGGGCUGCAUGCGCAAAAUUGUCCUCUCGAAUGAAAGAAAGGACUCUGGAACUGGAGUUUCCUGACGGCCCUGCCGUCAAGAUUGCUGUCGAUAUGGGAUUAUUUGACUUUGUUUGCGGCAGUGAGAAGGACGAGUUUACGGCCGCUGAGAUAGCAGAGCACACUGGAGCUGACCCUGUUCUUGUGGAACGCCUAAUGCGCCCUUUGAUCCUGGCUCGUCUCUUCAGCCCUACCUCAAACAAUACUUACAAGGCGCACCAAAGUGCCCACGACCUAGCGCCCGGUGCAUAUGUGAGGGACAUGCUCAUUUUCACUCAGGAAGUCGCCGGCCCUAUUUUGCUCAAGCUUCCUGAAUUUCUCGAGAAACAAAAAUACAAAAACCCCGGCCGUCCGGAUGCCUCCGCCUUCCAAUACGCGCAUCAGACAGAAGACACUUUCUACCGUUGGCUCCAGCAGCGUCCGACCCUCUAUUCGGCAUUCUGUGGGAUGAUGAAAUGUACGGGAGAGUUUCAAGCAAGAUGGCCGGACCUUUUCCCAGUCCGUGAGCGAUUUGAACCCUUCCGAGGAUGCAACGCCGAGCGCCCCUUGCGCGUGGUGGAUGUUGCCGGUGGAACAGGAUAUACUCUGCAGCGCCUUCUAAAUAAGAUUCCUGAUCUCCAAGCCGAGCUGACUCUUCAAGAUCUACCUGAGGUAUUGGAGAACGGACCCGUUCAGGCGGAUGUACGUAUUCGCAGGAUGCCGCACAACUUCUUCGAGCCCCAGCCGGUGAUUGGGGCCGAUGUAUACGUCUUAACAAGAGUGCUCCAUAACUGGCCCGACAUUGAAUGUCGAGAGAUUCUCGGACACACUGUGGCUGCGAUGAAUCAUGAUUCGAUUCUGCUUAUCGGGGACAAGGUGUUCCCCACUGGUGCGGCGGAGCUAACGCCUACGGACAUAAUGGCGGACAUGAGCAUGAUGAUGCUUUUCGGAGGCAUGGAACGCACCAUAGCCCAGUUGCGAGAGUUGUUGUCGUCGGUUGGACUGGAUAUUGUGAGGACUUGGCGGUCAAAUGGGCCUGUGGAUGACCACGAGGGGUUACUGGAGGCCAGGCUCACAGAUCAGCCGAAGCUAUGA